CCCUAAUUAUAUUUGUGACAAUUGGUGAUGGAGUGCGCGGCAUUCAGUUGAUACGUUUUUUUUAUUACAAUUUAGAUAUAUUGUAGAUAAUCAAUUACAUAUGAUAAAAAUGUACAUAAUAACUUAAUGAAAAUUAUUAUCCGUUAGCACUUCAUCUUAUAAGUCACUGUGCACCGAUUAUUAUAAUAUAAGUGACGUUUGUUUUGAUUUAGUGAGGUUAUAUUUUAAUGUUGUAAAAAAUAUUAUAGUGAAUGUUUUUAUAAUGGAUUCGGCACCAGCACAAGAAGUUACUGAGCUGCUCAGACAAUGGGAAGAUCAAUUUUCGAUGCCUAGUUACGACCCCAUACCGACAUUGACUAGGAUAGCAGAGAUAAUAGAAGCGGAAACAGAGAAUUUUAUGAAGAAAGAUCCAGAUCCUUUUGAUGAACGACCACCGUCCCGCACAGACCCGGAGUGUGCACUGGGCCAGGCACUCAAAGUUAUGUUUAAGAAAGACAAUUUUAUGACUAAGCUAGUAAAUGAUUAUGUGAGGGAUACGUAUUACUCGCGGCAGAACAUAACUGGCAGGGACGUCUAUAAACUGAAUGUAGCCGCAUGUCGACUCACCCUAGAUCUAAUGCCUGGGUUGGAAAUGAGUGUGGUAUUUCAGGACAAUGAAGCAUUAAUACAGCGGCUAGUGAGUUGGGCCACCAAGUCCGCGGAGCCGCUACAAUGCUACGCGACAGGUCUCGUCGCCGCCGCUAUGGAAGUACAGGAAAUUGCCACCAAUUUUAGGGACUUAAAUGCAAUGCUAGUGCCGUUGAUGCUAAGGAGGCUACACGAAUUAAGAAAUAAAACACUAGAAGAAAAGACGAAUCAAAGUGCGGUGAUGCCGCCGAACCAGACGCGUCACUUCGCCAGAUUCGAUAAGAAGAGGAAUAACGAUAUUAAAUGCAAUGGACCACUCGUCGAUAAAAAAGAUCGAGAGAAAGACGACGGCGGAGGGAGCGAGAUGGUGAUAGAAGAGACUCCUCCGCAAGCCAGCAAAGAUCCUGAAACACCUGUUAAAAAUUAUAAUUCUAGUAUGCGUUCCCCGGAGCACUGCGCGCUGAUGUCUCCGCCCGCGCGCCCGCCGCUGCCCGCGCCCCCGCAGCCGCCACUCCCGCAUGACCCCUCGUCUAACUCCAGCUGGGCGGAGAUGGAGACCUACGUUAUUGGUAACAUACAAAUCCAUCCGCCGACAGACGCAACCAAACAGAUGUUGAUUCUGCGAUAUCUCACGCCAAUGGGGGAGUAUCAGGAGUUCCUGUCGCACGUGUUCGAGCAGAACGCGCUGGGUCUGAUCCUGGGAUACCUGAACGUACGCGAGUCGCGCGACUCUCGUCUCGCCUUCGAAGCGUUGAAAUACCUCGCAGCACUCCUCUGUCAUAAGAAAUUCUCUAUAGAUUUCAUUAAUAUGGGCGGCUUGCAGAAGUUUCUGGAAGUCCCUCGUCCGUCAGUGGCGGCGACCGGCGUGUCUAUCUGCCUGUACUACUUGGCGUACUGCGAGGACGCGAUGGAGCGCGUCUGCCUGCUGCCGCGCGCCACCCUCGCCGACCUCGUACAAUACGCGUUAUGGCUACUGGAAUGUUCUCACGACUCAGGGCGGUGUCACGCGACCAUGUUCUUCGGCCUUUCCUUUCAAUUUAGAGUUAUUUUGGAGGAAUUUGAUAACCAGGAUGGUCUACGUAAGCUGUACAACUUGAUAUCGACGCUGCCGAUACUGGGCUCGGACGAGGAGGAGUCCCGCGUCACCGAGGACGAGACUUGCGCCGCCAGGCAGAUAGUGCGCCACGUCUGCGUCGCACUUAGAAGGUAUUUAGAAGCACAUUUAAGAUUACGAGCAGCGCAAGUCGCGAGACAGCAAGGCGACAAUGUACCAGAACCGCCGCCGUAUAAGGCAUCGAAGUGCUCCCCCGAGGAGAUCCAGGAGCAGAUCGAGCUGCUGCAGAGCGUGGCGUGGUCGCGCUGGGCGCCGGUGGACGAGCUGCUGGAGCUGGGCGGAGUCGCGCUGCUGCUGCAGGUCGUCGGAUACGCCUACGAGUGGAACUUUAACGGCAGGGCGGAGACGGUGCGGUCGGCGCUGGACGUGAUCUCCGUGUGCUGUGUGGCGCCGCGCGUGCAGCUGCUGCUCACCGACAAGAUAGACAUGAGAGAUGCUGACCUCACCACUGGAGUUAAUAUCGUACUAGGUGCUGCUGAUGGUGAGAUAGUGCCCGACCCAGAAGUGCAAAAAGCCGCUCUCAAUGUAUUAGUUAACUGCGUCUGCGCACCUGUACAUAGGGCCGGUACAUCGACGACUCGUUUCUCAAUCACCGGUUCCAGUAAGAAGAAGACCGCGCUCAAGUCAUACGAAGAUCUCAUACAGAAGGUGUGGGAGAGCGUGCGGACCAACAACGGCAUCAUGGUGUUACUAUCUCUGAUGCUGGUGAAGGCGCCGAUCACGGACGCGGACAGACUGCGCGGGCUGGCGUGCCGCGCGCUCGCUGGCCUCGCGCGCUGUCCUACCGUCAGACAGAUCAUCUCCAAGCUGCCGCUCUUCACUACCUCGCAGAUACAGUCGCUGAUGCGGGACCCGAUCCUGCAGGAGAAGCGACAGGAGCACGUGAUGUUCCAGAAGUACGCGCUCGAACUGCUGGAGCGAGUGUCCGGGAAGAGCAAGCACAUGGGCGCGGAGUUCGAGACAUCGCUCGCUAAUAUACACAGGGCGAACGUGGUAGCGCAGACUCGUAUCAACUACAACGAGCGGCAGCUGCUGCAGCUCGUGGCGGCUCACCUGGCGGCGCGCGGGCUGCGGGACAGCGCAACUGCGCUGCAGCGCGAGGCGCGCCUGCCGCCGCCCGCAGCUGCUGCGCCCGCGCCGCCCCCGCCGCCCGUCUACACACCCUCCACACCGGUCAGGGCUCGUCUGUCAGUGUCCCGGUCCAGCAGCGUGGGGAGUGUGGGCACGCUGCACCGCGACAGCUUGGACCACAAUCACAUGCACGUGGACGGUGACAGCCCUCUGCCGCCUGUCAUCAAACUCAGGAAGGUUCAAAACAGUCCAGCAAGCCACCAAUCAGAACACAAGCGGUCGCUGCAGAAGCAGCUGAGUGCGGCCGGGGAGCGCGCGCUGUCCCCCCCGCGGGUCACACUGCACUCCAUCAUCACGGAGUACUUGUACAACCAGCACGCACUCUGCAAGAACCCAGUGGUCACCUGCCCGCAGUUCAACUUGUUUGAGCCUCACAAAUGCCCGGAGCCGGGUCGCGCGAGCACCGUGGCGGGGCUGGCGGCGCGCGGCGCGGAGGCGGGCAACGUGUGCGCGCGCGUGCUGCGCCGCGAGCUGGGCGCGCCGCCGCUGCGCCGCGCGCACUCGCGCCUGCUGCACGCGAACUUCGCGCCCGUGCGCACGCUGCGUCUGCAGGACGACGACGCCUUCUUCACACACACUAUAUUCCAUCCGACGCAGCAGCAGCUGCUGGCAGCGACGUCAUCAGGAGACAUCCGAAUAUUUAACUUGUUUACUGGCAUGGAAGAAAACUCCUAUCAAGUACACGAAUCGUACAUAUAUCAUAUGCAGGCCAGCCGCGAUGGUCUACUGCUGCUGGCUUCCGCCACCACAACAUGGCGGCCACUCUCCGCGCUAUGGAAUAUGAAGGAGUUCGAGCAGCUCAGAUUCCAACUCGACAACGAGGAGUACGUGGAGUUCUCCAAGAUGUCUGAUGAGCGCAUCAUCGGCACCAAGGGGGAGACCGCCACGGUCUUCGACACGCGCACCGGCCGCGAGCUGAUGACCCUCGCGCCCUCCAUCAGCAACCAGUACGCGAAGAACCGCGCCACAUUCAACCCCACCGAUGAAUUGGUACUAUCAGAUGGAGUACUAUGGGACGUGAACACCGGCAAAGAGAUACAUAAAUUCGACAAACUAAACCAGACGCACAGCGGAGUCUUCCAUCCAAACGGCCUUGAGGUGAUAUCAAACACAGAAGUAUGGGAUUUAAGAACUUUCCAUUUGUUGAGAACUGUACCUACAUUAGACAAAUCUGAGGUGAUAUUCAACCCGACGUGCUCCGCGCUGUACGCGGUGUGCUCCGACCAGGACUCGGAGGAGCGCAGCCAGUUUGAUACCAGCUUUAAGACGUUGGACCCAUACGAUUACUCCAGUAUAGCGACUAUCGACGUGAAGCGCAACAUCUACUCGCUGGGCGUGUCGCGGUACGGCACGCAGAUAUCGCUGGUGGAAAACAUGGGCGACUUCGAGCAGGUGCAGGAGUCCUGCGUCAAGUUGUACGACGUCGGCCGCAAGAGGGACCACGACGAUGACGCGGAGGAGGACGACGAGGAGGACAUGGCCGGCGGCUCUGACAACGACGAUGGCUCCGACUCCGGUUCAGAUAACGACGACGAUCUUGCAGCGAAUUUAUUGCGGAAUGCGGUGAUGGGUCUGGCGGAGGGCGGCAGCAGCGGUGAUGACUCCGCUGAUGAUGGUGAUGAUAUACGUCCUAGACGACCAAUGCGCACGCGCAGACGGGCCGCGGAAAAUAAUAUGAGUGACAGCGACGGUGACGGUGACCUUGAUAUAAUUGAGUUUGAACUCGACUAGUACAAUAAAUGCGUUUACAAUUA